UGAUAUGCUUCAAAUGGUUAAUCGACAGGCUUCAUUUUUUACCGCGCUGUUUUUUAUUUCUCAAAUGUUCCGUGACAUUCCCAGUCAGCACUGUGGAGCCGGCGGUAAUCUAUACUCGAUUUAUCAAAUGAUACUUAAGGGCCACACCUAUAAGACGUUCAAGUUUACACCAGGUGCGCUGGAAUGUAGAGAGGCUUGUCUCGCUGAUGUCAGAUGUCAAAGCUAUAAUGUCGUCAUGUUCAUUGCAAUAUGUGAGUUAAACAACCGGACUAAAGAGGCCAGACCAGAGGACUUUAUCAAAGACAAGGACAGAUAUUACAUGAAGAAAGAGAUAAUUCCUGUCGGAUCAACUCGUGAGCUACCUGUUACGUCGUGUGAGGAAGUCAAAGCGAGUGAAGGAGAACAAAUAGUCAGCGGUAACUAUUGGCUGGAUUCUACCGGAUCUGGGAAAUCUAUUCUGGCUCGUUGUGACAUGAAGACAGGAGUUGCAGAUUAUUGUGUCAAGCACCAGUGCCAAAACGAUAUCAAAGUGUGUGAACCGGGAAACGAACCACUCGUAUGUCAACGAAUGUAUAGAAGGUCUACAUGGUUGUCACGUAAACGCCAAUUGUAACAACACUAAGGGAUCCUGUACAUGCAAACCCGGAUUUACUAGAGACGGAAGAAAUAACUGCAAAGACGUCAACGAGUGCAAGGAGGGUCUGCACAGAUGUCAUGCCAAUGCCAUUUGUAACAACACUGAGGGCUCCCACAACUCUACAUGCAAGCCAAGAUUUAUUGGAGACGGAAGAAAUAACUGCAAAGGUACUUAGAUCUGAUAUGCAUCGUAUGGUUGGUCGACAGACUUCAAUUUUUACCGCGCUGUUUCUCAUUUCUCAAAUGUUCUGCGACAUUGCCAGUCAGCAGUGUGGAGCCCGUGGCGACCUAUACUCGAUUUAUCAAAUGAUGCUUCAGGGCCACACCUAUGAGACGUUCAAGUUUACACCAGGUACGCUGGAAUGCAGAGAGGCUUGUCUCGCUGAUGACAGAUGUCAAAGCUAUAAUGUCGUCAUGUUCAUUGCAAUAUGUGAGU